CCGGUCUGAGACUGAGAGGCGGGCGGCGGACGAAAUCUCAAAGCCGGAGUCAGGAGGCCCUUACGGAUAAGCUUUCCUCUCUCCCGCUCCAUGGAUUAGGGUUUUUUUUAAUCCCCCCUCGCACUUGCCCAAUGGCGAUCUCUUCUGUCCUCGGCCACCCAACACCAUGUCCUCCCUCCAAUUCGCCUCUUGCGAAGGCACACCGAUCAACCGUCCCAGCAAAGAAAGCAGAAUUCAUCAACAAUGGAAGGCCGGACCUGGAAGAAGCCAUGAUUUCUUUGGAAAAGCAUUCACUGAGGGGAAAGAAACUCGAGGAUCCUCGAGCUUACUACCAUUCACUUAUUUCUCUCUGCAUAUCCCACAAGUCCCUCCACCAAGGCAAGCGCCUGCGAGCCCACUUGGCUCGCAUCGGCUACAAGCCUGGCCUCUUCUUAGAUAACCAGUUCAUCAACCUGUAUGCAAAAUGCGGGCGGGUUGAUAUGGCUCGGGAGCUGUUCGAUCAUCUGCCUGAAAGGAAUGUUGUUUCUUGGAAUGCUCUGAUAUCUGGCUAUUGCUUGAAUGCAUGCUUCUUUGAUGCUGUCGCGCUCUUUGGAACCAUGAUCACCAUAGGCCCAAGGCCUAAUCACUUUACUUAUCUGAGUGCUCUGCGAGCUUCAGUUGGUUUGAGAAGUUUGGAGCUUGCGAGACAGAUUCACUCUCAGCUACUAAAGACAGCUCUUUUCCGUCGAACCGAAGUCGGGAAUGCAUUGAUCAACACAUACUCAGAGUUUGGAAGACCGGAAGAUGCUGAGGCAGUGUACGAGAGCAUGGUCGAGCGAGACGAAGUCUCAUGGAAUUCCCUGGUUGCUGUGAAUGUUCGAAAUAGGCGUGCCGAGCGAGCAAUGGUUGUGUUUGUAGACAUGCUGAAGGAAGGCCAAACACCCAAUGAGUUCACCUUUGGAAGCCUGCUAGGAUCGACGGAUGUAGCUAUCAUCGAGGAACUCCAUGCACAGGUUACCAAGAGGGGGCUGGGGAGCAAUGUUUUCACUGGGACUGCCCUCUUGGAUGCCUAUGCCAGAUGCGGGGAUCCGCGGGCAGCAUGGCUGGUCUUCAAUUCGAUAACCCAGCGGAAUGUCAUUGCUUGGAACUCCAUUAUUGAUGCAUUGUUUGGAAACAACAUGGUUCAUGAAGGUCUUGAGCUUUUUCUGCAAAUGAGUGAGCAGGGCACGGUUCCGGAUGAUUAUACCAUCUCCAUCUUGUUGAAGGCAACUAUACCUCAUUUUUCGAUCUUCGUAGGGAAGCAGCUUCAUGGGCUCGCAAUCAAGAUGGGUUUGCAGACAGAUACCUUGAUCGGAAACAGCCUCAUCACAAUGUAUGCCAAACUUGAAGGUGCUGCUGAAUCCUGGUGUGUGUUCAAAGAUAUUUCAGAACCAGAUAUCAUUUCUUGGAACUCCAUGAUUCAAUCUUACGUGCAGAAUGAGAAAUUCGAACAAGCCCUGACGCUUUUCACAGAAAUGAGGUAUUCCGAGAUCGAGCCGGAUGAGUUCAGUUUUGUCAGUACCUUGGCUGCUUGUGGAUCGCUGGCUUGGCACAGAAAUGGAAAAGAAGUUCACUGUGAACUACUCAAGAGAGGCCUUGUUCGAGAUGCCUUUGUAGGAAGUGCUCUUAUUGAUAUGCAUGCUAAAUCUAUGGCUGUACAUGAUGCUAGGAAGGUAUUUGAUGCGAUCCGAAAUAAAGACCUGAUCACCUGGAACUCAAUGAUUGCAGGGUUUGCUCAGAGUGGCUAUCUGGAUGAAGUUAUGAAACUACUCUCCCUAAUAAGAGAAGAGAAUUUAGAACCUGAUGGUUUCACCUUUGCGAGUAUUCUUGCCGCAUGUGCGAAUGCAACAGCAAUACAACAAGGAAGACAAGUGCAUACUCUAAUCUUGAAAUCAGAACUUAAUAUGGACACAGCUGUAGCCAAUGCCCUGAUAACCAUGUACAGUAGAACAGGAAGCAUAAGGGAAGCAAAAAAAGUUUUCUCAAAACUCGACGAUAAGAACAUAGUAUCAUGGACUGCAAUGAUUGGGGGUUUUGCGCAGGGUGGCCAUUCGGAAGAGGCUCUUGCAAUGUUUGACCAAAUGGAGAAUACUGGGGUGAAACCAAAUGGCAAAACUUUUGUCACAUUAUUGACAGCUUGCAGCUAUGCAGGGAUGAGCAGCGAAGCUGCGAAGUAUUUUAAGUUGAUGGAGGCAAAAUAUGGGAUCAGACCUGGUUUUGACCAUUAUGCUUGCAUGGUGGACAUCCUAGGAAGAGCAGGGAGACUAAAUGAAGCAGAAGAUUUAAUAAGACAAAUGCCUUUCGAGCCAGAUGCGCUUGUGUGGAGGAUGCUGCUGAGUGCUUGCAGGAUACAUGGUGACUUAGAUAGAGGGCAAAGGUCCAUGGAAAGGAUACUGGCUAUAGAACCUGGUGAUUCUGCAGCUUAUGUGUUGCUUUCGAACUUAUAUGCUGCCUUAGGGCACUGGGAUGGUGUGGUGGAAGUCAGACAAUUGAUGAGAAAACAUGGGGUGAAGAAGGAGCCGGGGAAGAGUUGGAUUGAGCUACACAAUGCGAUCCACGAGUUCAUGGCAGGAGAUCGGUUGCAUCCACAAGCAGAUGAAAUAUACAUGAAUUUGAGAGGGUUGUUCAAGCAAAUGAAAGACGAGGGGUAUGCUCCAGGUAUAGAAUGUAUUGGUGGCGUAGGAAAAUAUAAAAGGUAAAUAAUGCUCGAUCGCCAUAUGGAUUGCAGCAGCAAAAGAAUUUUUCAUAUGUUAAAUGGCAGCAACUUCCUAAGUAUCUUAGAAACAGGAUGCUAUUCCACAAGAAUCUGUACAGGGAUUUGUUCUCAUCAAAGGAAAACUUGCCAAGGCAAUGCAAUUAUAAAAACAUGAUGCUCGGGAAGCAUCCAUUCGUGCAACGUCAAUUGUAAGAGUUUAUCUGUAGGAUGUAACAGAUAAAAUUGUGAUUGUCGAGAGUAAUAGAAGUAGAGAAAAACCAGAGAGGGUCUUAUUUUUCCUGAAAGGGGGAGGAGACCCAAAAUACCAUCAUCAUUUUGACUCAUAUAAGGAACUCCAGACAGAAGGGGAAAAAGUUUGUCAGUGAAAAGGUGAUCAUACUUCAGUGGUCAGAGAAAGGAAACAACAUUGCUAGGAAAAGCAGCAGCAACAUUCUCUUAUCAAACAAGCAGCGAAAAGGCUUGAUCUGCAAUGGAGAAUGAAGGAAAAUUUUACUGGCUUUGAGUUUUGUCUAGAGAGGAGGAUACCUUGCUAUCACCACGACAGAGGGAGCAAGGAGAGAGGGAAGAGGAAAGCUGGGUGGAAACUCCUGUCAUUAAUCAAACAGGGACAAAAAGAAACGAUUAGACACGCUGACUAGGCCUAUGGAAAUUUUGGCGCUAGUAAAUCUGUCUCCAUUUGCCGAUUUCUCGUCUUGAUUCUUCUCCCCCUGAUGGAUUCCAUGGCCUUUGUUUGGCGGCAGUCCUGUGCGUCUCUGACCCACCGCGCAUCCAUGUACCUACCUCGCUAUCCAAUCGGACGCUCCAAAACCACUCAAAAACUGCUGCGCUUCUCAUAAUUUGCAACUAGCUAUAUUUAAUCGUGUUACAAGGCCACGAUUCCCGUCCGCAUUCA